GUACCCAUGCCGCAAACUACUGUGGUUGCACCAUAACUGGUGGUGACCUGUCAUCUUGACUGUUUCGUGACAAGUUGUUGCACUGUUUCACAUUUUGCCGAACUUGUUUGAAAAAAACAAACACAGCAUAAAGCAUCUAUGCAAGGAGUUUCGCAAUAAUAACACUUUUUCAUACACAUCAUAUUCGAUUGAUUAUUCUCGUUUAAGUGGAAAGUAACAUAAAGAUCCCUUUCUUCGUGGACGUUUACAUAUGCAUGAUCUUACGUGUGGCGAUAUAAAGGACCUUAAGCUCGUUCGUGCAUUGAAUCACCCUAAAUGAGUAGAGUCGAACCGGGACUGCAAGAACUUUAGCUGCAGAAACCUUGUUAAACGCUGACAGAUUUGAAGACUUAAUCUGUCGAAGAAGAUUCGUGUAUCUACUUCGGAGAGAAUCCUGCACUGAUGUUACAUCCUAAAUGCGGCUUUGAAGCACACCCAGUUAUCUCAAAGCUGGAAAAUAGAGGGAUGAAUGAACUAAUUAUCAAAGUAAUAAGUGUCAUAUUGUGAAGGGCAGGUGAUGACGGAAUUUGGUACAGCUCUAAAAUUGAAGAUUUAUAGGAACUCAUAUAACAGAUCCAAGCAUUCAAGAUCAACAUCAAAUACUCUAUAUUCAGUUAUUUGUCAUCGGCAACCAUAGCUACUAACGAGCUGGCUCUGUUAGCUAAGCUGGAAGAAGCCAAUAGGCUGAUCGAAUCCGAUGCCAAAUCGUUAAAUUCAUUACAAAGUAAUCAUAGUAGGAAAGGUUCUGAUACAUCGCAAAUAUCAUUAACGUCGGGAUGUAGCGGAGAUGGUGGUGAUGGAACGACCCAACAUCCUUGCCUUGGAGACGGGGACGAAAAUGUUUGGACUCUCUGGGGAAAUAUUGUGUCAGAUUGGGACAAUCAAUGGAAGAAGAGAAAAGACGUUAUCAAGGAGUUGGUCCGGCAGGGAAUACCUCAUCACUUUAGGGGGAUAGUCUGGCAGUUGUUAUGCGGGGCACAUGAUUCUCACAUAAAGAAGAGAUUUGCAGAGUAUAUCAAAUGUACAUCGGCAUGCGAAAGAAUAAUUCGCAGGGACAUUGCAAGGACCUACCCAGAACAUGAUUUUUUUAAAGAAAAAGAUGGGUUUGGGCAAGAAAGUUUAUUCAAUGUCAUGAAGGCUUAUAGCCUUCAUGAUCGUGAAGUGGGAUAUUGCCAAGGCUCAGGAUUUAUCGUAGGAUUACUUUUGAUGCAGCAAAUGCCGGAGGAGGAAGCAUUUGCCGUACUUGUAGCCCUUAUGCAAGAAUAUCGGCUACGAGAUAUGUUCAAACCAAGUAUGGCUGAAUUAGGAGUUUGCAUGUAUCAAUUGGAACAUUUAGUUGCGGACACACAUCCUGAGUUACAUGCUCACUUUACUGCGCAAGGUUUUCAUACUUCAAUGUAUGCCUCUUCAUGGUUUUUAACGCUCUUCACCACAGCGCUCAGUCUUCCACUCGCCUGUCGCAUUUUUGAUGUGUUCCUUUCAGAAGGAAUGGAAACCAUUUUUAAAGUUGCACUGGCCAUGCUGCAGUUAGGCAAAGAAGAUUUGCUCAGCCUCGAUAUGGAAGGCAUGUUGAAGUUUUUUCAAAAGGACUUGCCUAUUAAAGCGGAGGCAGAUCCAAGUGUGCUAAUGAAUCAAGCUUAUGAGAUGAAAAUUAAUUCAAAACGUAUGAAGAAAUUGGAGAAAGAUUAUACGAUUCUUAAAAUGAAAGAACAGGAGGAAAUGGUAGAACUACGAAGGCUUAGAGCGGAAAAUAGGUUACUUAGACAAAGAACAGAGCUAUUAGAGGCAGAAUCCACGGAACUUGCCGACAGAUUAGUUAGAGGACAAGUUUCUCGUGCAGAAGAAGAAGAGACAGCCUUCGUAGUGCAAAGAGAAUUAGCAGCUCUUCGCCACACGCAUCUUGAAACCAGUCACCAGUUGGAGCAGGCUCAUGAAGAGUUGAGAUCAUUAUCAGUUCUCUUAGAAGAGAAUCUUGCAUCGAAGCAAUCAUCACUUGAAGAGAUUCUUCUGAAACAAGAAGCACUAUCUCAAAAGGAAGAAAUGGUUCAAUGUUUACAAGAGGAAUUAGUUAGAGUUAGAUUACACGAAGCAGAGAACGACGCGACAAUCAGAGAUCUAAGAUCAAGGAUUCAAGAAUUAGAGCAAGAUAAGAAAACUUUACGAGAGUUAACUCCUGACAAUUCCGUGGCUCAUCUGCAGGAGGAACUUAUUGCUGUCAAACUAAGAGAAGCGGAAGCCAAUUUAUCCUUGAAGGAACUACGGCAAAAGGUCACUGAAUUAAGUACUGCUUGGCAAAAGCAUCUUCAAGAACAUCGUUCAUCUCAUACUGCUCAGGCUGCAGAUUCAACCCCCAAAAAACUGAUGUUUUGGGAAAACAGAGGUCACGAAAUUCAGAAGCUUGAAGAAGACUUAAUGACGACGCGGCUUCGAGAAAUGGAAGCUCUCACCGAACUUAAAGAACUUAGACUAAAACUCAUGGAACUCGAAACGCAGGUACAAGUAGGGACAAAUCAGCUUCGAAGGCAAGAUGAAGGAGGCAAAGUACUUAAAGAGGAGUUGGAGGCAUCUUUAGUGAGAGAAAAGGAUUUUUUUGCAAAAUUAAGAGAGCAGCAGCAUAAGUACACAGAUUUGGAGUCCAAAAUGAAGGAUGAAACCUUGAUGGCUAAGAUCAGAGAUGCAGAGCACGCACAACAAGUGGCUGAAUUGACACAAAAGAUAUCUAUUCUAGAAUUGAAGAAUGAGGAGAUGUAUACAGAAGGUGAAUUAAGAGGAAAUUUGGAGGAUAGCGAAAAGGUACGAGAAUUACAAGACAAAAUUGCGGAAAUCGAAGCUGAGGUUGUGAGAUUGGAAGCUUGGAAGAAACGUUGGACAGGAAAGGGCGUGGAACCAGCAAGUAGUUGGAGUAUUGAAAACGAAAGUGAAUUAGAUGAAUAAGACCUUAGAAUCUUCAUUCAGGAUGACGCCAAUGCGGUGACAAGUAGCCAUUCUGAUAUUUAACUUUUUUUUUGCUAACCUACGUUUGGCAGCUAAUGAUUAACAAAGUCUCAUAUGUAACUACUUGACGUCAUGGUAUCACCACUUGUAUCAAUAAGGAAGAGGUGAUAAUCAGUAUUCUUUAUGUAACAUAAUCACUCCAGGGUUAAAUACUUUUUCAUUGCAUCAUUCAGUAAAAUAUAUUAAAAGUAAAUUUUUUUGAUUUAUGAAAGAAUUAUAAACCUUACAUAUAGAGAAAAAUAUCGUAAAUAAGGAGAAAGAGUUAUACUCCAUUUUAUAUACAUAUUGAUGUAGCACUAUAUUAACUAAUCUGCAAUUUCUAAAAAAAAUUUAGCAAAUUUCGCACUAAGAAUCUGGUAAUAAAGUCGUUUGUUUGUAUUAACUUUUGUGAGCUACACUGACAUAUUGUAAAGGUGUAGUAAAGUUUUAUAUUGUAUAUUUAAUUUA